CUCGGUGUUUGCGCCGGUCUCCUCUGGACCGCCCAGGGCACCAUCAUGAUGUCCUACCCCACCGAGGACAUGAAAGGCCGUUAUAUCUCCUGGUUCUGGAUCAUUUUCAACCUCGGCGCCGUCAUCGGCUCCCUGAUUCCCCUCGGUCAAAACAUCCACAAAGUCGCCGGCCCCGUAACCGACGGCACCUACGUCGGCUUCCUAGUGCUCACCUUGAUCGGCGCCAUCCUGGCCCUGAUGCUCUGCGACGUCGACAAAGUCCAGCGCGAAGACGGCAGCAAGGUGAUCAUGAUGAAGAACCCCUCCUGGAUCACCGAGUUCAAGGGCCUCUUUGAGACCAUCACCUCCGCCCCCUGGGUCGUCCUUUUGUUUCCCAUGUUCUUCGCCUCCAACACCUUCUACACCUACCAGUCCAACGACAUGAACGGCUCCCAGUUCAACACGCGCACCAAAGCGCUCAACAACACGCUCUACUGGCUCGCGCAAAUCUUUGGCGCCGUCAUUGUUGGUUAUGCCCUGGAUUUCGCGGGCGCGAGACGCUCGGUUCGCGCCAAGGGCAGUUUUGUUAUGCUGAUUGUCCUGACCAUGGCUAUUUGGGGCGGCGGGUACGCGUGGCAGAAGGAUCAGCCGACGAGGGAGGAGACGGCUGAGAAGGACUUUGUGACGGUCGAUUGGACGGAUGGUGGGAAGAAGUAUGUUGGCCCGAUGUUUUUGUACAUGUUUUAUGGGUUUUAUGAUGCCGCUUGGCAGACUUGCAUUUAUUGGUACAUGGGCGCUCUCUCCAACUCCGGCCGCAAGGCCGCCAACCUCGCUGGUUUCUACAAGGGCAUUCAGAGCGCUGGCGCUGCUGUGUUCUGGCGCUUGGACGGCUUGAAGAAGCCUUUUGAUACCAUGUUUGGUGCUACUUGGGGUCUCCUAGGCGGCGCCCUCCUCAUCGCCGCUCCCGUCAUCUGGAUGAAGAUCCAGGAUACCGUUCCCCUCGAACAAGAUCUUAAGUUCAGCGACGAGACCGUUGCAGAUGUUGCGGGAGCCCAGGGGGUUGCUGGUCAGGCCCAACCCGAGGCGGUGGGUGCUAAGGAGACGGCUAAGGAGGUCGUUUGAGCUUGGUUCUCGACGAUCUUUCUUGCUUGGAGUUGUUGCUCAUGUGCGGGUAACGGAACGCACCAAAUAUGGGAUUUGUUUGAGUAAUGUUGGAAUGAAAUAUACGAGAAGGUAAUGCAGAAAUGGGGUGGAUGGGUGGAUAAUCUGGUCGAACUUGUCGGAGCUCAGGGGAUUGCUGUUUAUGGAUUAUAUGAUACCACGACGGACGGACGGAUGAUACAACUGACGCCGUACAUAACUUUCUUAUAGUAAUGUAGUGAUGACUGUAACUUUCUUGGUGUCAU